AUCAAGUUGCUGCCCUCCGAGGGUCUGUGGUCCUCUGAUCGGCAUAGCCUGUGGGAGUACGGACUCACCUCCUCAGAUUUCCCUGUGCUAAAGCCUUUCAGCCAUGGCCACGGGUGAACAGAGUAUCUGCCAAGCCCGGGCUUCCGUGAUGGUCUACGAUGACACCAGUAAGAAAUGGGUACCAAUCAAACCUGGCCAGCAGGGAUUCAGCCGGAUCAACAUUUACCACAACACUGCCAGCAACACCUUCAGAGUCGUCGGGGUCAAGCUUCAGGAUCAGCAGGUUGUGAUCAAUUAUUCAAUCGUGAAAGGGCUGAAGUACAAUCAGGCAACGCCGACCUUCCACCAGUGGCGAGAUGCCCGCCAGGUCUACGGCUUGAACUUUGCAAGUAAGGAAGAGGCGACCACGUUCUCCAAUGCCAUGCUGUUUGCCCUGAACAUCAUGAAUUCCCAAGAAGGAGGCCCCUCCACCCAGCGUCAGGUGCAGAAUGGCCCCUCUCCUGAAGAGAUGGACAUCCAGAGAAGACAAGUGAUGGAGCCUCAGCAGCACCAGCAACAGCGGCAGGAGUCUCUAGAGAGAAGGACCUCGGCCACAGGACCCAUCCUCCCACCAGGGCACCCCUCAUCUGCAGCCAGCGCCCCCCUCUCGUGUAGCGGGCCCCCACCCCCGCCCCCACCCCCUGUCCCACCUCCACCCACGGGGGCCACCCCCCCUCCCCCACCCCCACUGCCAGCUGGAGGAACCCAGGGUGCCAGCCACGACGAGAGCUCCGUGUCCGGACUGGCUGCUGCCUUGGCUGGGGCCAAGCUGAGGAGAGUCCAGCGGCCAGAAGAUGCGUCCGGAGGCUCCAGCCCCAGCGGGACCUCCAAGUCUGACGCCAACCGGGCGAGCAGUGGGGGUGGAGGAGGAGGCCUCAUGGAAGAAAUGAACAAGCUGCUGGCCAAGAGGAGAAAAGCAGCCUCCCAAACAGACAAGCCGGCUGAUAAAAAGGAAGACGAAAGCCAAGCGGAAGAGCCGAGCACCUCUCCAUCUCCGGGGACCCGAGCAACCAGCCAGCCACCUACCUCCUCAGAGGCUGGCCGGAAGCCCUGGGAGCGGAGCAACUCGGUGGAGAAACCCGUGUCCUCGUUACUGUCCAGAACCCCGUCUGUGGCCAAGAGCCCCGAAGCUAAGAGCCCCCUUCAGGCGCAGCCUCACUCUAGGAUGAAGCCGGUGGGGAGCGUGAAUGACGUGGCCCUGGAUGCCUUAGAUUUGGAUCGGAUGAAACAGGAGAUCCUCGAGGAGGUGGUCCGAGAGCUGCACAAAGUGAAGGAGGAAAUCAUCGACGCCAUCCGGCAGGAGCUGAGCGGGAUCAGCACCUCAUAGUGCCCUCGGCCCCUGCUGCUGCCGCCCGAGACACCAGGCCAGCUGACGGCGGGGGACAGCGAGGAGCCCAGCGGCCCCAGGCCUCCAGCACACGGAAGCCCACACUGAAGCCGGGAUGUGCUUCAUUUAGAAGUCUUAACCUGUGAUAAAAUAUUAAAAUGAGGAAACAAGUUCAAUUUCUGGAUUUUUUUAGAUUCUACCUGACACAGAACACCAGGUCUACUCGCCUUUUUUGUAUUUUAUAUUUGCCUAUUUAAGUGUACAUUUCUUUUGGUUUAUAGAGGACUCCCCAAAUCACGCGCUUCAUUAGAUGGUUUCCGAGUUUUCUCCUAGGUGAUGCUGUUAACACCUUGGCUGGCAGUGGCGAGCUGUCCCCAGCGUCGUGGUGGUGAAGUCUGUCCACGCACCGCGGUGUCUGUGUCCACGUGGUAAUAAACGCUUACUGUCCACACCCCUGGCUCGGGCUCACUCUCUCACACCGCCUCUUGGCCACUCCGGGCUGAGGAUGCCCCCUUCUGGGGGAUGGCCCCCGGGGCCUCGUGGCCAGGAGCAGCAAGAAGGCAGCGGCGGCCGGCGGCGGCGGCCCUGGCGGGCAGCUGGGCUGAACCCAGACAGGGGAAGGCGGGAGCGAGAGCAGGGGCCUCUCAGGCACUUCCAGCCGGGGGUCCUGGGGAGGUCUGCCCCCCAUGGCCUCCCCCGAGACGGGCCCGAGUGCCACCCACACCUGGAGUAUCAAAGGGGCUGGCUCCGUUCUGACCACAGCUCGGGGAGUGCUGGCUUGGGCUUAGCAAGGCAGCGGGGAAGUGACAGGCUGCAUGGUCCCGGGAGGACCCUGGCCCUGCCCUGCAUGCCCACCGAAGGCCCACCCCAGCACUUCUCAGAC